AUGGAAAAAAAAGGAAUAACUCAAUUACCACUGGAAACUCUGUGCGAGAUCGUUGUAAAUCUACAGGGUGAUAGUCGUACGUUAUUCUCUUGUCUACGAGUGAGCAGAGCUUGGUGUCGUCAAGUGGUUUCAGUACUGUGGAGUUGUCCGUUGAGAUUUGGAUGCGUACGAGAAAAUUCUAGCGGACGCUUUAUCGAAUCAUUACUCGCUUGUCUUGACAUAAGUGAAUGUGAAGAGUUACGGCAAGCUGGCAUAAAAUUGGGAAAACGACGAAAGCCAUUCUUUGAAUAUGUAAACUGGAUACGAGAAUUUGAUUUUCGAUCGUUAGACAUUAAAGUUUCUGAUUGGUAUUAUGAUGAUUAUUUACCCACUGAGAGAAUCGCAACAUCAAAUAUAGUUAAUGAUCAACGAAUAGCUGCUGUUACUACGAUUUUGUCAAAGUUGAUUUUUAGUCGUUCAGCAGUGUUGACAAGUUUUUGGCUGACGAAACGAGAUGCAUCAAUCAGUACUCAGAGUCUACCUGAUUUCACCACAUUUAAUGGAGCCGCAGCUGCAUUACGAAGACUUGAGCGUGUUUAUAUUCAAGUGAACUUUGAUGAAUUUGAUGAACAAGAUGCCGAACACGUUUCGUAUUUAUUAUCAGCAAUGAAAAUUGAAUGUCGGAAUAUUCAGACGUUAGAAGUGGGUUUUCAGGGUUGUUCGGUCAGUUUCGAAAGACAAGUUGCUGAUCUAAUAAAACUUCAAAAAGGACUUCGACAUGUUGCAUUCGAUGAUAUUUCUUCGAUGCAGAUGUCCGCCAUAUCAGCACUUGCAAAUCAAGCAAACACAUUAUCUAGUCUUGAAUUUAGGAAUAGUAAUCUUUCUGGAAUGUCACUUGAUAAAAUAUCAAACUGUUUAAAUAUGGACACUUUAGUAUUCGAUGAAUGCGAUGAAUUUCCUGACGACUUUUGGAUUCCAUUUUUACGUAAUCCAUUUCGUCUACAGAAAAUUCAUUUUCGUGAUAACCUUUCUUACGGGAACGAACAUCAUUUAAUCUCGCUAAUACAAAAAGUUGGACCGCAUUUACGAGAACUACAACUGCUACAAACAUGUAUACAUCCGGAAUUAUUACACAAAGUCGCAACUUCUUGUCCGAACUUCACACAUUUAGACGUACUAGCCGACACAAAUGAUGGAAAGCUCACCAUCGCUUUACAACAUGUACUUUCACGGUGUGAUCAACUUUCCUAUUUUUCACUGCGAGUCGAAGAUGAGCACGCUAACUGCGACGAACUACUGUACGAUUUAUUGGAGGGUUUUCCUCCUUCAGUGCGUCAUGUAAAUCUAUAUAUGCCUAUGACACAAAAUGCGUUAUCCGACUUUUUACGCGAUUGCGGACAACCUUUACGAAAAAUCGGAUUACAUCAACCCAAAGGAAUACCGCACGAAAAUAUUCAACUUUUGGUGGAUUAUGCUUCGAGUGAGCAGGCGUCCAGGGAUUUGGUUAUUGGGAUAGAUGACUAUUCGUUGUUGAACUGUGAUGCGGAGUUAUUGAGCAAACUUAGGGCAUUAUGUAAAUUUGAUCAUAUUCGUUAUUGUAAUGCGAAUCAUAUUCCAAGUUUUUAG